AUCCAUGUCUGUCACUAUCUGAAGGGAGGUGUCAGAUGGACCAGGCUCUGCUCCGUGGUGUCCAGCAAUAGGACAAGAGGCAACAGGCAGAAACACACAGAAUUCCACCUGUGUACGAGGAAGAACUUCUGUAUUGUGCAGCGAUCACACACUGGGACACUGCCCGCGGAAGAAAAAGACACCAACGGAGAUGCUUUGUGGGUUUGGUGUUAUCCGUCCGUAACAGCGGAACUGAGGACGCUGUUACUGCGAAAGUGCUGCCUUACAGACGAAAACAAACUGCUCCAUACGUUUGUGUUUGGCCAGUAUAAAAGGUCUUGGUUCUACAUCACAACGGUAGAAGUUCAAGAUUCUCCAGCCUUGAAAAAGGUGACCCACUUCUCCAUUGUCCUGAUGGCCAAAGACUUCAACCCAGAGAAAUAUGCAGCCUUCACCAGGAUCCUCUGCAGAAUCUACCUGAAGCAUGGAAGUCCAGUUAAAAUGAUGGAGAGUUACAUUGCAGUCCUCACAAAGGGCAUCUGCCAAAGUGAAGAAAAUGGGUCCUUCCUCAGCAAGGACUUUGAUGCUCGGAAGGCUUACCUUGCUGGCUCCAUCAAAGAUAUAGUAUCUCAGUUUGGAAUGGAAACAAUUAUUUUAUAUACUGCACUGAUGUUAAAGAAGAGAAUUGUAGUGUACCAUCCUAGAAUAGAAGCUAUCCAGGAAUUUACCAGGACUUUGCCUGCUUUAGUGUGGCAUCGACAAGACUGGUCAAUUCUUCAUUCAUAUGUGCAUCUAAAUGAGGAGGAACUGGAAGCCUUAAAAGCCUGCACAGGUUACAUUGCUGGAUUUACAGACUCUGAAGUGAGCAGUAGAUCAGACCUCUAUGAUGUCUAUGUGAAUUUGGCAGACAGUGAGAUUACAGUGUCACCUGUAGUAAAAGAGGCAAUGACAAUGGGGAAACUUCACAAAGAAAUUGGACAACUAAUUGUUCAAUCUGCAGAAGAUCCAGAUAAAUCAGACAGCCAAGUCAUUAAGGACAUUUCUCUGAAGACAAAAGAAAUCUUGGCUACUUUAGCCUCACUUACUGAAGUUUCUGAUGGCAAUGAAAAACCAACCCUUAAUGCUGAGGCCCUGAAACAAAAGCGAUUUCCACCAGCCACAGAAAACUUCCUUUUUCAUUUAGCAGCUGCUGAACAAAUGCUCAAAAUCUGAUUUUGAUGCACUGCAGUGUUCUGGACCAAUUCUGAAAAAGCUGUCUCUGCCAUCCAGAUAGGUAUACCUGGUAUUUUAUAUGAAAAACUAAAGGUAUGAGUCAAUGUCCUAGUUACCAUGAUGUAAUGCAGAAUAUUGGAGCUUGACUGGGAACACAUGGAGACAUACUUGGGAACAUUCCUGGUGUCAUUAUCUCCCCCCAACUCUAACUGUGUACCUCUAGCUCCUGUAUUUCACACCACAAAGUGAGUGGAAUACAAGUAGCACAGGGCAGCGUGUCCAGGCUGUGGCAGACAUCAGUGUAGUGGCUGUUUGUCCUGCACAUUCCAGAGGCUGGACAGCUCUGACUUGUCUCCCUGGGGUCUGGAACAUGGCUGCAGCACAGCUGGGAUGUGCUGAUCUCUGCACAGGGACACCCUGAACGUGCAGCUGCUCUGAGUGCUCCUUCUGGGCUUCCAGGGAUGUCAGCCUGUCAGAUACUGCUCUUGCUCUGGACUGCCUGAUACCUGGAAAUCCCAAAUAAAUGGACAAGUUCUCUCCUUCUA